UUCCCGCGCACACCUGGACCGCGCUGAGGAGGGUCGCGUGGCCGGGGGCAGCUGGAGGCAAUAGGGAAACGCGCUGGCACCCGGGAAGGACGAGGAGCGGCGGAGUCGUUGCCCGCUGCCCCCAGCCCCUCUGCCACCAUGGACCCGCGGUCCCUGGAUGCCGCGGUGCAGAGGGCCCUCCAGGCCUUGUACCCUCCGUUCGACGCCACGGCCCCCACGGUCCUCAGCCAGGUCUUCCGCCUGCUGGAGGCCGACUACCACGGGGACGGGCUCUGCUGCCUCCUGGACUUCCUGAUCCCCGCCAAGCGCCUCUUUGAGCACGUGCGGCAGGCGGCCUGCGCGCCUUAUUGCAACUGCCUCUUCCUGCACGAGGGCUGGCCCCUGUGCCUCCACGAGAAGGUUGUCGUUCACCUCGCGCCCCUCAACCCGCUCCUCCUGCGCCCGGGCGACUUCUACCUGCAGGCAGAGCCCUGCCAGGACCAGGCGGCCGGCAUCGUCCUCAAGUGCCUCUCCCGGGACCUGCGCACGGUGGAGGAGAUCCCCGUCCCCCAAUCGUCCUGCUCGCUGCUCUUCACCAACGAGUGGCUGGAGGAAGUCAACCGCGGUCUGGACCGGGCGCCGCUGCGCACCUGCCUGGUCGCCGCAGAAAACGGGGUCAUGCCCAUGCUUUGGAGCAAGAUCGCCACGCCGGAGUUCGUCGAGAAGCCCAAGGUCACUCCAAACCCGGCCCAGGCUGCAGCCGCCCCGCUGACCACCACGCGGGACCGGGACGGCUUGGAGUGCCCUGGUGCAGCAGAGGCUCCGGUGCCAGGCUCCGGUGGGCACGCGGCAGGCACGGUGCGGGAGCGUGAAGACGUGCCCCGGAGGCGCGGCCCGAGCAAGUACCCGGGGCUCAUCAAGGUGGAGCAGGCAGGCCCCUGGGAGCCCGGCGCCCGGGGGUUUGUCGCGCCGAGCCUGUGCGACAUCCUCAGCGGGGACCUGGAGGGCGAGUACGUGGACCUGCUGGAGCUCUCUGCGGACAGGGGCUCCGGUCUGCCCCCCCGGUCGGAGCGGCCGGCGCCUCUGGGAGAAGCAGAGCCGUUGUCCGAGAGCGAGCCGGGGCUUCUGCGCGCGAACGGGGAGCCGGCCGCGGAGAAGUGGGCCUGCGGGCAAGGGCCGAGCGCAGGAGAGGGUCCCUGCACGCCGUGUCUGAGGAGGAAGCUAAGCAGAGACCCCCAGGGCCCUGGGCCGAGGUGCCGGUACCGCGAGUCCUACGUGGCCGCUAUCCAGAACCCCAUCGGCUGCGGCGCCGGGCCGAUGGCUGCCAUCCAGGAGGAGUCCGAUGGGCCCAGCCGUGACCUCCCUCCCGCCAGCGCCGCCGUGGAGCCCCCAGACGGGCACCGGUCCCCCCCCUCCGGCUUUCCUCCCCGGGCGGCCAGCCAGGCAGCGAAAGCCGAGGAGGCGACCAAGCAGGGAUACCUCAAGCUGCUCAGGUCUCCGGCGGGUGCAGGGAGAAACCCUUCUCGGUCCGAGUCUCCCACCGCCAGCCACAAAUUCCCCUUCUCGAAGGGCCCGCGGCAGCCGGCUGCCCCUGCCGAGACCUCUGCCAGCCGGCCCGAGGGGUCUCGGAGGAAGAUGUCGGUUCUUUACUCUCCCAGGAUGAGCAGAGCCAAGCCGGCGGGGAAAGGUGCUGACCAGGCGGAUGCUGCUGUCCUCCACCUCGGCUCGCCCCCCGGCACCGGCUGCAGGAAUGGGCCCUGUGCUCCCGCCGCGGCCCCAGACCCUCUGCCCGCAGAAGGCAGUGCCCCGCAGCUGCCCCGCUGGCAGGACCUCAGCACCCAGCUCCUGCUCUCAGGGGUAGCGUGCCUGCCAGGGAGCACGGACAAGCUUGGCCGGGCCCUGAUCCAGGUGAGCACGAGCAGCAGAGCGUGGGAAGCCUCUUGGUGCUCGGCUAGAGAGGUCGCCCGGCUCCUCCUCUACCUCUGCUCCAUCCCCAGGAGGAAGGCAAGAGGCUUGGGACUGACCGUCGUGGUGGACGCUAGACGGCAGCCUCCCGCCCCUGCCCUGAACGCAGCAUUCACGUCAGUCCAGCGCUCGUCCCCCGGCGCCAUCCACAGCCUGCUGCUGCUGGCGGAGAAGGAGGCAGCUGCACACCUGGAGAAGGUACCUGGCACACAGGUGGAGGCGCUGGCAUCGCUGAAAGCCCUGAGCCGCUACGUGGACCCCGGCCAGCUGACCCGGGACCUGGACGGCACCUUCCCUUACUGCCACAGCGAGUGGGUGCAAUUCUUCCAGAAGCUGCACCCCUUCGUCGCAGAUCUCACGGCGGUGUCGGAGCUGCUGCGGCGUGCCAUCGGGGAGCUGGAGAGGGGCGCCUUGCCAGACGGCCUGCAGGAAGCGACCGAGUGCACGGAGCGGUACCGGGAGCUGAUGAGGACGGUGCUGUGCGACCCCCAGCUGGUCACUUUGCAGAGGGACGGGGGGGCCACGCUGGCCAGGCUGAGGAAGGAGGCGACGCGGCACAGCUCCUCUCCCGACGUCAGGAGCCACAUGGAUGCAGCCCUGGGUCUCUACAACCGGGUGGAGGAGGAAGUCCACACCUUGGUGGCCAAGUCCAACCGCUGCCUGGAGCGCCUGGAGCACGUCCAGAAGAUCAGGGAGCUGGAAGCCGAGUUCGGCAAGCUCAGCAGCUGGAUGGAUGAAGAAGGCGAGUCGCGGCUGCGCGAGCUGAGCAUGGCGGAGUGGGGUGCGGACAGCCCAGAGAAAUCCUACCGGCGGUUCAAGGAGUUCUUCAUCCAGGCGACAGCCUGUUACAACCAAGGCCUGGUGCUGUGCAAGGAAGCGGCCGGCUUCGCAGGCCCGGAGGCAGAAGCCUUGGAGGCAGCCAGAGGGGCCUUCCAGGCGAGGCUGAUGAGUUUCUACGCCGAUGUGGAGAGGCAGCAAGCGGAGCUGGAAACUCUGCUGAACCUCUACCGCUUCUACGACAAGGUCAUGUGGCUGAGCCUGGACUGCAAGCACUUGGUGGCCCGGGCGCAGCUGGGGCAGAGCCAGGCGGGCAGCCCGAAGGCCGUGCGGCGCCUCGCGGGCUCACUGCAGAAGCUGUCGGCUGAGUUCUCGGCAUCGCGGCUCCAGGCGAUGAAGGCACAGGCCUGUGCCCUGCGCCACUGCUGGGGGCUGGGGCUCUGGCACGAGGCCUGGGGGAGGUACCGCGAGACCCGGCAGGUCCUGGCUGAGAUGCUGGGCAAGGCCGAGGAGGCGCAAGCUCUUGCAGGAUCGGGCCCGGGUGCCGCAGGGGGCGAGCUUCACGCCUGCCAAGCCCCAUCCGACCCUGACCUGGCACCCCCCGCACGUGAGCAGCAAGGUGCAGCCGCGGGAGGCAGCGAGAGGAGCGAGUCAGAGAGCGGGGAUGCGGACGACGCGGCCCCGGACCCCUGCACCGGGCUGAGCCACGUCCAGCAGCCCUGGUGCUGCAGCCCCGAGGGGGUCCUGGGAGCUGCCCUGACUGGGGCAGGGGCUCUGCCUCGGGACGCACCCACACAGGAGCCUCCACUGACCUGUUGCUCAGACACCGGGCAGCGUCUGGAGGGCAGCGCAAGCCACCCCGUGCGUGACGGGCCCAGCUCAGCCCCCCGCCGGUGCGCGGGUAAGAGGCCAGAAGCAGCCCAGUACUUCCAGGUGUCCAGACACAGCAGCUUUUCCUCUGAAGACACCGAUUCGCAGCACUCAGCCGAAGACUUGCCCACAGCCAGCGCUGCUUUGUCCGGGGACCCGAGCCCUCGACCGGCCUGUCCUCAUGGGGAGUCCGCAGGGAUCCUGUAUCUGGAGAAGCACCGCGCCGACAGCCCAGCACAAGCCAGCGCCGAGUAGAGUCAGCCCUGCCGCGGCCGCGGGCUCGUCGCCUGCCCUGGGGCAGGUCGCUCCUUCUCUGCGUGCCUGCAUGACCCGCCCGGGGGUAGCCACCCUCCCGAACUUCGCGGGGUGCUGUGAGGCCGGAUGAAACCCCUGUGGGCUUUGUGGUCCCGGCGGGAGGAGCAUUUUGCUACACACAUGCACGUGACACUGCUCCUGGGUCAUCAGCUGCCUUCAGCAGAGCAGAAAAAGGGCCCAUCCCCUCGCUGCCACCUACGCCAGCUGGCCCGUGACGUCCUCCACUGGGUCCUUGCUCCCCUCCGGGAGCAGAGGGCCGUGCUGAGCCUGUGCCCACCGGCCUAGCUCCAGCACUCCCUCACCGAGCCCCCCAUGCCGCCACAAACCCACCCCUGCCUCCUCCAAGACCCCCUUGCUCCCCUGGUCCCAUAUCUUCCUCCCUUCUUGCCCCCUCCCCUCCCCAGCUGACGGUGCUGCGCUGGCACGGUGGUGCCGACCAUGUUCUGACUUAUUUUGUACAGGACUAGCUUCAUUAACCACAACAAACCCCAAAGCAGAGCUCUCCGAGGGGUCAGUGAGUAGCACGGCAGGGCAGCUUUGCAGACAUCAGGCCGGGUCUGAUGGCUGCCAAACAGAAAUCCCAUGGGAAUAAAUCCCCAGGAACCCCAAACCCAGCCCUGAUCCACCUUCCACCUACCUCUCCUCCCAGCUAUGCCCCCGCUGCAGCCAUCUGCCUGGGGUAGGGGUGUACCCGCUCCA